AUGCCGCCCGUCCUGCCCAGCAGCUACAUCGACGCCUACGAUCCCACAGGCUUACAUCAAUAUCCUCGAAGAGAUGUUGCCGAGGUUCUGACUCCGAACAGUACCCAGAGGGUGACCCUGAUAGUCGGGGCUUGUUAUAUCGUCGCUAUCGCUAUAUUGGUGGGUACAGGUGCUCUGAUCUCCAGCUGGGCGCUCACCAACGACUCGCCUGUUCGUGUUUCUUUUUCAAGUGUACCUGUGCUCGAGAAACUUAUCUAUCCCUUCAAGCUUCUGACUGUUGGCAUGCACGAGAUGUCGCAUGCGAUAGCUGGAGUGUUGACAUGCGCCACCGUCGAAAAGAUCACUCUCGACCCUCAAGAGGGCGGGUCCACACGGAUGCGAGGGGGAAUACCAGCAAUCACCCUUCCUGCCGGCUACCUUGGAUCCUCCUUCAUGGGCGCUUGUCUUGUCGCUUGCGGGUUCGAUACCAACGCCUCGAAAGUCGCCUGUCUGAUCUUGGCGUUCAUUUGGAUUUUGACAUUGUGGUGGGCAAAGUCGAGCUGGGUGGCUUGGGCUACGAUUGCAUUGAUGGUUGGACUCGUCCUGGUGUGUUGGCUAGUCGCCGAUUCGGUGGCAUUGCGGUUCUUGGUCCUAUUCAUUGGAACGAUGUCUUGUUUCUACGCCAUUUGGGACAUUAUAGAUGACACUCUUGCUCGUAAAGUCAAUACCUCCGACGCGAGCGAGUUUGCCAAGAUGAUCGGAUGCUGCGGCUCACGCUUUUGGGGCGCCUACUGGCUCCUCGUCGCUUGCUGCUUCUUCGCGGCCGGUGUGCUCGUGGGCAUCGCAGCGUUCAAAGAUGACUGGGAUACCCAAGCGAGUAAGGCCCGAAACUUCUUGGGAGGUACACCUUAG